GGGCGAAAGCAAAAACAGCAAAAGAGGAAAAUGGCAAGACUGUUGUUACUUUUCCUCCCAGGUCUUGUGGCCAUAUGUGCCGUGCAUGGAAUAUUUAUGGACAGACUUGCUUCCAAGAAGCUGUGUGCAGAUGAUGAGUGUGUCUAUACUAUUUCUCUGGCCAGAGCUCAAGAAGAUUACAAUGCUCCAGACUGUAGAUUCAUUAAUGUUAAAAAGGGGCAGCGGAUCUAUGUUUACUCAAAACUGGUAAAAGAAAAUGAAGCUGGAGAAUUCUGGGCUGGCAGCGUCUAUGGCAAUCAGUCUGUGGAUGAAAUGGGAACCGUGGGUUAUUUUCCCAGCAACUUGGUCCAGGAACAACAUGUGUACCAAGAAGCCACUAAGGAAGUUCCUACUACGGAUAUUGACUUCUUUUGCGAGUAAGAAGUUAGACAAAGUCGCCAAUAGAAAGGAAACAUCAGAAAUAAAGAAAAAAAAACAACCAAAAAAUA